AUGUUCCUGUAUCAAAAUCCAAGCGAGUCCGAAGAGGAAGAGUAUGUGCCUGCAGUCCUUCGCCGGCCCAAGGUGGCGAACCACACCAUCCACGAGAGCUUCACGGCGGACACUCGUGACCACGAGGACCACACAUUCUGUGGCGUCAUGUUCGACAUCCAAUGCAAGGGUCAGGAAGACGGUGCCGUACCUGUUGAGUUUAUGCUCAUCACCUGUCUGGCAGUUCGAGGAGACCUCGGACCCAUGACUGUUUGGACUACUCCUGGCUCCUACAAAAAGAAGGAGCAUGCCAAAGAGAAAUGGGAAUGUAUUUACGACGCUGAGCAUACUCCAUCGCGCCAGAACUACCAACCACUCGACCUCGUGAGCCCCAUUCGCCUGCAGCCAGGAGAGAGUUGUGGCGUCUAUGUCCACUCAACGCUUCCGGGCGAUGACGCUCUAGUGUAUGACAAUCAGAGAGCUUCUGUCACACACGAGGAUGCUGUCUUGAAGGUGCUGCCCGGCCAGGCCCAUCUGUCAAAUCGGCCUUUCGGGAGACAUGGCAUGUGGGGCUUUCCCUGGCGAGAGCGACGAGAAUUUGUAGGCCGUGUGUCCUAUGGCGUGAACUACAUUCUUUGGAAUCCUGUGGCGAAUGUUCACCAGCGCUUUCCGCCUGCCUUCAAGGAGGCCGCCUGGCUCCUGCUGCUUUGCGCCAGGAAGCCUGAAUCGCCACUUUAUUGGCUGCACGACGAAGUGCUCUACUACAUUUUGAACAUGUGCAAGUACGACUGGUUCUCCACUCACACCCGACUACGUACGACUUCCAGGCACGAGAGGCCUUUGCGCAAGUGGAGCCAAGCUUCCAGUGACACUUGGGCCGCGCUCAGCACUUUGAAAGGACUUGCCUUGGCACAGCUUACUUGGCCGCUCGUUGCUGCCAAGGCGAGGUCUUUGAUCUUGGAGCAGAUGGAGGCUCGACCCGGCAUGGCACUUCCAGCAAGUGCAGAGAACGAUCUGCAGAGGAACCACGUGGGAAUGUCACCUUCGGCUCAGGCGGACAUGCUCGAGCUUCCCUCGCAGUGCCCGUGGAG